AUGCCGGCGCUGCUGCAGGUCGGCAACGGCGACACCGAGAUGCCCUUCGAGCGCAACCAGCGCCAGAGAAAGGACGGGGACGACGAGGAAAACAAGAAGAAUACGUACGAGGACCGCGACAUGAGCAGCGUCAUCUUCGACACCUGGGUCUUCAAGAACGACAGCCCGCUCAUCCUUCGCAUUCAGGAGCAGACAGCCGCCUACGGCAAGGCCACCAAGGAGAAGGGAAAAAAUCACGACCUCGGACCUCCACAGAUCUACGCGAUGGGAGGCCUACGUACAGCGGUGAAGGAGCUUCAACUAGAGGACCCGCUCAAGACACAGGUCACGAAAAUGUUCACGGACUACGACAACUACGACAACGAGCAGAAGUCCGAGCUGGUGCUCUUCUGCAAGGUCGACCGCAUGUACGAGAAGGAGAAGAAGAGGCUGACGCUCGCGGUCCGCGAGCCACUAUUUCGGGGGUACCUGAUGCAGGCGCUGAAGACGACCUCAGCCAAGCGGAAGUACGGCAGAGCACCAGCGACGCACAUGGAACGGGAGCUUCAG